AUGACAAUGCAUAUCAUAUUAGGCCUUGACUGUCUGAAGUUAUAGUCAUAAGUUACACAAUUCCCGCAUUAACCUCAAUUUAUGUUACCGACGGAAGCAUUUGGUUUCAGACGUUUAAUAUAUUAAAUGUAUUAUUAUUCACCAUCGAUGCUAUUAAAUAUAAAUUAUUUUCGUGUUCGAUGCCACGUGUGUUGUAAUCUAACCCUUCGAGUUGUUUUCCAGUUUUCUUCGAUUUUUGUUGAAUAAUUACGGCUGACCGCCAACUAAUACUAACGUACAAUCGUAAGCGCACACUUGUUGAUUUACAGAAUCUUUGUAUUCGAUACUGUUGUUGUUACAACUAUUGUGAGAUUAAGCCUGUAUUUUAGACUUCAUAUGAGUAAAAGAUACUUGGACAGAAGCAUAAAAUUGUAGAUCCUGCUACUUAAAUAAUUUACAAUGAACAGCCAAUACAAUAAUUCUUAUGAAUCUGAUAAUGAAAACGAUCUUGCUUUUUGCUACAAUUGUGAAGAAAUUUUUUAUGUAACUGAUGAAACUACAUGUCCAACGUGUAAUUCGGGAUCUAUUGAAAUUGGAAUUGAACUUAUACCACCAACUCCUGGAGAAUCAGCAAAUAUGCCAGAUUCAUCAGAUUCGCCUGAUUCACCAAACUCACCGGAUAAUCCUGGACCAUCAACUUCAUCAGAUAUUAAUUCUAAUCCACAAUCUCGGAAUACUGAAUCAUCAGAAGAGGUAUCAAUUAGACCAAGACAAAUGAAUACAAUAAGUACACCACCAGUAUUAAACCAAGAAAGAGGUUAUUAUUUCACAAAUUUAAUACGGGAUUUUGAUGCAAUUUCUGCUGAUGACGUUUUAAGGACACAUAUAACUAACCUUAGUUUACUUCGUGCUCUGUUUGAUGCUCAAAAUCAAGAUGUGGCUUUUAAUUUACCAUUAUCAAUGGAAGAAAUAGAUAUAAUACCAACAUCAAUUAUUUCUCAAGAACUUUUAG